CAACAUUGUAAGCAAGUCUUGGAAGAAAUCUCGGUGGAGCACCCGUUGCGCAAAAUCCCCUCGUUCGGUGGCACUGAGGGACUCGCCGCAUCUCCGAUUGCUUCCCAUCAAUCCCGUGUUUCGGUCGCAGUUGGGGAUGAUGUUCCAAGACUGGUAGGUAAAGCCGCAGUCACUUAGCAGGAGGAGGAGACGUAGGAGGAGGAGGACGGCGGGAGCUCGAGCUUGGUUUCACGUGAGCGUCGCCUUUGAUCGCAUGCUUUGAUCUCAGGGCAAUUCAUUCUGUUGUGCAGGAAGAAUCGUGUGGCACAAGGUGGAGGGAAUUAGGGAAUAGGGAUGUUGCUGUGCGACUUGAGAAGAUAUUUCAAGUUCUUGAAGGGUUAACUUCUUACAGAAGCGGAGGUUUUUGGUGCAUGCUUGUGCACAAUGGCUGUGCUUAGCAAGCAUCAGCAACGGGUUGUGACUUUAGCAUUUGUAGGAGGAGGUGCCUUCGUGGGCGGGAGGGUUUUACAUCUAAAUAUCAAAAGAUUUCAGAAGGAGCAAGCUGCCCUAUGUGAAACACAUGCCAGAUCUGCUGCUCAACAAGCUUUGCAGCCCCGAAAGGCCAAGGUUGCAGUAAAUGCUUUAUUUGCAAAGCGGUUACAAGAGAUUCUGCGAAUAUGUAUGCCCUCAUUUACGUCCAAGGAAGCUGUCUUAGUUAUUAUACAGUCUUGCCUUCUUGUUAGCCGGACCCUUUUAACAGAUUACAUCUCUGGUUUAGAAGGUAUCUCUGGCCAGUCAGUUAUAAAUCAGGAUUGGCCGCUCUUUGCGACGAAUCUUGCAGCCUUUGCUUGGGCGGCUGUUCCUGCAGCACUGGUCAACAGCGGUUUGAAAUAUAUGCAGGCAUUAAUUAGCCUUGCUUUCCAGCAGCGGCUCACUGAGCACUUGCAUGACUGUUAUUUGUCAAAUCGUGUGUAUUACGUGGCAUCCACUCUACGCGGCCUUUCAAAUGCAGACCAACGUAUUACUGAAGAUGUACAGAAAUUCUCUUCUGCAAUUAGCGAGCUUUUCUCCUAUACUUUCAAACCUAUGUUGGAUAUUAUUCUCUUCACACGCUCUCUUGCUAGAACCAUAGGGUACAAAGGACAGUUCGCUUUGUACGCUUAUUUUCUACUUACAUCAGCAUUUUUACGCUCUAUUAGCCCUCCUCUGGCUUUAAUGACAGCUCAGGAAGCUGCUCUUGCUGGAAAUUUCAGAAACGCGCAUCAAAGGAUUGUUUCCCAUGCGGAGGAGAUAGCAUUUAAUGACCCACCAGGUGGAGAUACAGAGCGGAUGAUACUAAAUGACCAUUUGAACCGAUACAUGCGCCACUCCCGACUUUCAUCAUUCCAAAAAUUCAUUCAACAGGUGGCAGAUGGAUUUACUAUCAAGUACACUGCCUCUGUUAUUGGACUACUUGUGUAUGCUGCACCUCUGUACUACAGCAAGGAGACAAGAGACUCUAAGCAGCUGACUGGUGAUUAUAUCCGUUCUAUGCGCCUUAUGAUGAACACCUCGUCUGCAAUUGGGCAGCUCGUUUUAGUUUACAAAAGAGUAACAGCGCUUGCUGGCCAUACCUCCAGGGUGUCUGAGCUUCUUGAAUCAGUAAAGCAGUUGAGUACAAAAGAGGGUCGUGAAAAUCGUGCCCAUGCUCUGCAGAAGAUGGUGGAGACCAAUGAUCCAGAUAAGAUUGCAACAUACAUUACGCCACAGCUUAAGUAUGGUCCCUCUAUUGAGUUCAAGAACGUUUCUCUUUAUUCCCCAGAUGGAGCGAUGUUGGUUCGUGACUUGAGCUUUUCGGUGCCGACAGGCCAAUCAACUAUUAUUAUGGGACCAAACGGCAGUGGUAAGUCUUCGUUAUUCCGUGUUCUUGCGGAACUUUGGCCUCUGCAGAGUGGUGUCAUCAGUCGACCACCUCGAGGAGAAAUUUUUUACCUUUCUCAGAGACCUUACCUUGUGCGAGGAACAUUGAGAGAUCAAGUGCGGUAUCCAACACCCCCUUUGUCUGUUUCAAGGGCUACCAAAGGAAAGAAAUGGUCCAGCUCUGCAUCAUUGCAAUCUCUCAAGCACACAAAUCAUCCAGAUGAUAAUCGAGUGUUGGAUGCAUUGGAUGCAACAGAGAUCGGAUAUCUGGUUCAUCGUGGAGAUGGGCUUGACCAGUUGCAGAAUUGGGAGGAGACUUUGUCUGGUGGCGAAAAGCAGCGACUGGCAGUUGCUCGAGUUCUAUACCACAACCCCAGGUAUGCUGUGCUGGAUGAAUGCACAUCAGCAGUGAGUGCAGAUGGGGAAGAAAACCUGUACAAGAAUUUGCGUGGGAGUGGUAUUACCUUGCUUUCAAUAGCCCAUCGUCCUGCUCUUAAGAAGUAUCACUCAGCAAUGUUGUGUCUGGACGGCAGCAAAUCUGGCUGCGGUUGGAAAUAUGAGAGGCUGGACAAUUAGACAUUGUCGUUUUCCUAAUAUUCCUUCGUAGUUGACGAUAUUUUUUCCUGUAGUUGAAGAUUAAACCGACCAGCAUACAUGUUGAAGAUUUGUUCAAGCUUAAGAGGAACCGUACAGCCUUCUUCACAAAAUCCAAAUUCCCUGAGAAGGAUAUGAACGCUUUUCUUCUCCGUAAGCAAUUCUUUUGUACUUGUAUGGAACUUUGGAGCCUUACGUAUAGUUUGCAAUAAUCAUAGAAUGCGAUCUUGUAAGUUUGAGUCGUGCAGAAUCCUCACAAUCGUAUCCCCCUCGUAGGUGGUCCAUUUUAUACAUUCAUUGUAGGUUGUCAUCAUUUUAAGUUAAUCCCUCACCAGAUACACACAUACCUUAAUUUCUUUUUGUAGCUCUUGUACAGCACUCUGUUGACAGGAUCUAGUUUUUGUUAUGCAUCUUAACAUUAUAAGUCAGAAAUUGCAAUUACAGUUGUGACGACCCCUUAUCCCAA